UAGGAUAUCGAACUCGGGAUACCUGUGUCAGCCACUGCAGUAAUAUGACAACCGUAGCUUGCGGAGGGGGACCAUCCCUGGACCAGAGGCGGGCGUUCGCUGCCCUGAGGGAUGGGACACACGUACCUGGGUACAGGGGAUAUUGUCCACAAAUAAAAUACAGGGUCGGUAAAACCUACGGAACAGACACCCACAUCUUAGCAGGGGAAGUCCAGCACAGACAUCCUGCAUCUGUGCUUGCAGCAACGAUACCUGCACCUCCUAAACAACUUCCAGACGCAACCGGGGACAACAAAUAUACCAAGAACAUGGUCCCUGGCUACACAGGAUAUAUACCUCGGAUUCCAUUUAAAUUUGGUAAUACAUACAAAGAGGACUGCGAUUACUGCAUAGAUGAAUAUUUGACAAAUAGAAACACUUAUGACCAGAAACAGGCAGACCUUCGCCAGCAAAUAAAUGGCCAUCCAAGGCUUACUGCAAUAUCACACGACCCUGAAGUCAAGGAAAAACUCAACAUGUACAGGGAUACGCAUCCAACAAAAACAAUCUUAGUUGAGGAUAAGAGAGGACUAACAGAGCCCCCUAUUCCUGGUUACCGUGGUUACAUCCCAAGAAUAAAAGCAACAGAAAUGGGUUUGGGCAGUCGUUAUAACCAGACGACUAAAAAGGGCCUUGAACUGUUUGUACAGGAGACAGCUGCCAAUGCAGCUCGUAGUACAGGCAAACUGCCUCAGUCACUCUCGACGGUUUCCCACCAAACUCUGAAGAGUGCACCUCCUAGUUUUAACAGGCGUCUGUAUCUCAACGAUGGCAUGAUCCCCAAGUACACAGGAUAUAUACCUCACCGACGAUUUGUGUUUGGAAAUACAUACGGAGACACAACAAGAUCUUUAAAUGUAUGUAGUCAUCCGAGUCAGUCAUAUGGGGACUUCCUCCGCUCAAAAACCACGCUCUAGUUCCCAUAACACCACACGUCAUCAGCUGUUAUAGAAAGGAAAACACGAAACAAUAGACCUUUGACC